AUUGGGUAGCAGUAGCAUGUGAUGGCAUGGCGAGCAUGUGGAAAUUGUGGCAUGUGAGAGUAACCGGCGUGUUUUGUAUUAGUGAUCGACAAAUAUAAAUCGCAACAGCAGAAGCAGAAAAAUGAAAGGAAUUUCGAAGUCAAGCAAGGCAAAAAGCAAUGGGCGCAAGGACAGCUAUACCAUUGAGAAUGAAGACUCAAUGAAUUCUGAUUCCAAUAAUGAAAGUGCAGUGAAUUCAGCAGUUGACAAUGAGAAUUCAAUGGAUGCUGAAACCGAUCUGAGUGCUGAUUAUUUGAUGGAAAAUAUGUUUGAAAAUCCUGAAUUUGAUAUUGCAAACUUAAUGGCAGAUGCAUAUGAUAAAGAAGGUAAAAUAGAAUUGGAUAAUUAUGAGACUGAAUCUCUUGAGAUGAAUCAGGAAAAGAAGAAAAAGAAAGUCACGGAUGAAUUAACCGAGGUAAUGCCUAAGAAAAAGAAGAAAUUUGAAAACAACCUUUACAAGCAGCCAACGGUUGAAGAACUCAGUCAGCUUAGGGAAACUGAGAAUUUGUUUCAUUCAAAUUUGUUUCGACUUCAAAUUGAGGAGGUUCUCAAUGAAAUGAGGCUCAAAGAUAAAUAUAAAGUGUUAUUUGAGAUUUGGUUCGAUAAGUUGAAAGCAGCAAUUGAAUCUAUUGAAGCAACUGAAGAAGUUCCGCUUGUAGAUAAUAAUUUGGAUGAUAAAAUAGGUGUUCACAUUCCCAUACCAGAUGUACCAAAUGAAACUAAGGGUGUUUUUAAGUUUUUAAAACCAUCCAAUGUUAGAGUAGUUGGAUCUUAUGAAUCAGGAUGUAUUCUCGGAUCUACCGUCACCGUAGACGUAAUGGUGGAGAUGCCGGCCAGUUUAUUCUGGAAGCAGGAUUAUUCGAAUUAUGUGUAUUUUAAAAAGAGAGCGAUAUACUUGGCAUUUAUAGCAUCGAUUAUAGGAAGCGAUAUUGCAGAGAGCAAGAGAUUUAUUGGUGAUAAUCUAAGACCUUUGUUGAAACUUCGACCAACUGGAAAAUUGAACAAAAAAGUGAACGUAGUAAUACAUGUUUCCACUCAAGAAACUAGUUUUAAGUUAAAUAGAUUUUUACCAGAGAAAAAUAGCAUUAGACCUAAUUGGUACUUUGACGAGAAGUCUUUGGAAAAUACAUCUUUACCACCCACUCCACACUACAAUUCUCUGAUACUACAUGACUUAAUAAUGUCGAGGACAAAUUCCGAAAUUGGGCAAUUAAUAAAAGAGUAUCCAAAUUUGAGGGAUGGUAUAAUUUUGCUGAAAAUAUGGUUGUGUCAGCGUGAACUGAAUAAGGGACAAGAUGGCUUUACUAAUCACAUCAUUACUAUGUUUGUAAUCUAUUUACUGCGUGAGAAAAAACUCAACACUUUCAUGAGCAGCUAUCAGAUUGUACGAAAUGUUUGGAUUUGCUUAGCACAGGGAAAUUGGUGCGAGAACGGAAUUACCAUGUGCGAGGAUAAGGAUAAUCAGAAACAGGUCUCACAUUAUCACAAUUAUUAUGACUGUGUUUUUCUUGAUACUACCGGAUACCACAACUUCGCGGCGAAUCUAUCGAAGGAUACCUUUUCAUGGGUACAGAGAGAAGCAGCGUUGUGCCUAAAACAUUUGGACAAUAUACAUGUAGAUAGCUUUCAAGCACUUUUUAUGCAAAAAGUACCAUUUCAUAGAGCGUUUGAUCAUAUUUUAUGUUUUGAGAAUGAGACAGUUUUAGGAAAAAUGGUUAGAAAUGAAUCCAGCAUGGACAACAAACUUAAUUAUGGACCUGACAAACGUAGUCAGGCGAUUAAGAUACUUUUUAAAGUUCUAAAAAGAGGUUUAGGAGAUAGAAUUAAUCAAUUAUGUGUAUUACCUAAUAUAUAUAAAGAAUGGGAAUGCACCGAGCACAUGCCAGAUAAUAUUGGAAAGCUUAUUAUUGGAUUAGAAUUAAAUCCUGAAACAUGUUUUAAUAUUGUGGACAAAGGACCUGAAGCUAAUUUACCAGAAGCAGCUGAUUUUAGAAAUUUUUGGGGCGUGAAGUCUGAAUUACGUCGAUUUAAAGAUGGAGCCAUUCGUGAGGCUGUAAUUUGGUCAAAAGGCAAAUCUCUCACGGACAAAAGAAUAAUAUGCAAGAAAAUAAUAGUGUAUCUGUUAAAAACAAAAUUUAAUAUCUUUAGAAAACAAUAUUUGUAUGUCGCGGAUCAAAUGGAAGAUUUGUUAAAGUUGCAUAAAUACAAAAUAACGCAUUUCGUAUAUGGAACUGGUGAAGAAGCUACAUUGAAGGUUCUACAAGCUUUUAACACCUUAGAAAAGAAUUUAAUGUCGCUAAAUGAUAUGCCUUUGACGAUAAACGGUGUACAAGGCUCGAGUCCAGUUUUUCGAUACGCAGAAGUCUUUCCACCGCUUGCUACUGUUCAUCGGAAAACUGAUGGUAUCACCGAGGAACACAAGAAUUGCUUGAGUCUUUCAAAAAAAAUAGUAAAAUGUCCUAUGUAUGUUCACGCGCUCGAUGCGACGUUACAGUUAUCGAUUAGUGGAAAAUGGCCUGAGGAAUUGAAAGCCAUUAGGAAGACAAAGGCAGCAUUUUACAUACAAAUCGCGGAAUGUCUUAGGGCGCAGCAUGAUGUGACAGUUCAGGCCAAUCCUUCUUGUGUAGAUGUGUAUCAGGACGGAUUUGUUUUUCGAUUAAGAAUAGCGCAUCAAAAAGAAAUUGCUUUGAUGAAACAAAUCAACGAAGACGGAGUAAUUAAGUACAGGGACAAUGAAGAAUCCAUUGAAUUGGAAAACAAACUGUUUCAUUUACCCAAAUUAAGCAGCGCCUUGCAUGGAUUACAUUCUCAACAACCAUCAUUUGGUCCUGCUUGCUGUUUGGCGAAACGCUGGUUAUCGGCGCAACUAUUAGAUGAUACUCAUAUACCAGGAGUUGUAAUUGAAUUGCUCAUGGCAUCACUGUAUCUAGCACCAAAGCCGUACAAGCCAGCUCAGACACCACAAAUGGCAUUUCUACGAUUUCUGGAAGUUAUUGCUAGAGCUCAUUGGAAUACAGAUCCCAUCAUUGUCAAUUUCAAUUGCGAGAUGACCAAUGAAGAAAUUGUUGCCGUAGAAACGUUAUUUAGUACUGCUCGCAAUGCUCUACCAGCUUUAUUUAUAUCUACUCCUUACGAUCAGCAAAAAUCCUUGUGGACUAGAAAAGUGCCGUCGCAAUUGAUUUUAAAUCGUAUGAGUACGCUAGCGAAAGAAUCGCUGAAAUUAUUCGAUGACUCGUUGUUCAAUAACACGAUUCUGGAUGUAAAACCCAUGUUCCGUCCUCCUCUCUCGGAAUAUGAUUGUUUGUUACAUCUAAAAUCGAAUAUGAUUCCUAGAAGAUUGCAGGCAAUCGAUGUAUCCAGCAAAGCAAAAAUUGUAGAUUUACAUCCAUAUAAAACUCACUUGCUUCAAAAAAUUCCGAUUGUAAACUUUGAUCCUGUGCAAUGUUUCUUAAAAGAUUUAAGAGAGAGUUAUGGAGAUUAUGCCUUGUUUUUCCAUGAUACUUAUGGCGGUAUGGUGAUCGGGGUUCUGUUUAAACCUACUGUCCUCGAGCGAAAAGAUUUUAAAGUGUCAGACGUUAAUUGCAGAAAACUUGACACCGAUGGUAAACUUGUUUUAAACAUCUCAACCAUGAUUGAAGAUUUUUACAUUCUAGGAAGAGGUAUUAUACGCAAGAUUGAUAUUCCAAACAAAAGUUUGUCUUUAAUGACGUCAGAGUCAGCUCUGAUUAUGUAGUAUGAUCUCGAUAUCUGUAAAAAUAACUGAAAUUACUUUUGUCUUUAAUUUUUUUAACGUCUUUCCUUUUUUUUUACUUUUUGUAUCAGAAUUAACUACAUCAUUAUUAGUUUGUAUGUUAUCUUGUUUCUUCGGCAUGCCUUAAUAUAUAAUUAUUUGUCACUUUUAUUAUGUAUAACAGGAUGAUCAAUAGUAAACUUCCUUGCUUUUAGUUUCAUAAUAUUAUAAAAUAUUGUUUGAGUUAAAUAAUAAUCGUCGUAUGUAUAAAAUAUAUUUGUAUAAUAUAUAGUAUUAUUUUGUAUGAA